UGUUCAUUUUUGCUUAGGAGUUUAACAGACCGGUUUGAUCUCUCUCUCUCUCACACACACACACCACACACACACACACAGGCGAAGAGCUCAGCCGGAGAAGAGCGAGCCAUGGUGCACGUUAACUUCUACCGAAACUAUGGGAAGACUUUUAAGAAGCCCCGUCGUCCCUAUGAGAAAGAGCGGUUAGAUGCUGAGCUGAAGCUUGUGGGAGAAUAUGGGCUUCGCUGCAAGAGGGAAUUGUGGAGGGUUCAGUAUGCUCUGAGCCGUAUCCGUAAUAAUGCAAGGAUGCUUCUUACCCUCGAUGAGAAGAACCCGCGUCGGAUCUUUGAGGGUGAGGCUCUUCUCCGCAGGAUGAACCGCUAUGGGCUUUUGGAUGAGAGUCAGAAUAAGCUUGAUUAUGUCUUGGCUCUGACUGUGGAGAACUUCCUUGAGCGACGCCUUCAAACCCUUGUGUUCAAGACUGGUAUGGCAAAGUCCAUCCACCAUGCACGAGUGCUCAUCAGGCAGAGGCAUAUCAGGGUUGGAAGGCAGGUGGUUAAUAUUGCAUCUUUCAUGGUGAGGGUUGAUUCACAGAAGCAUAUUGAUUUCUCACUGACAAGUCCACUUGGAGGUGGAAGACCUGGCAGGGUAAAGAGAAGGAACCAAAAGGCGGCUGCUAAGAAGGCUGCAGGUGGUGGAGGUGGAGAUGAAGAGGAUGAGGAGUGAGUAGUACUACUGGUGGUAGUCCAUAAUAGGAUGUUUCUCAUCUUGUGCUUGAACCAUGUCGGGCUAGUUUUAUUAUAUGUGACUCAAGUAAUAUGUUUUGUUUAUGGAACUAUCAAUAUAUGAUUUUGGAUUAA